AUGUCAACAACAGAGAACACAACAACAGUUAUAGUCCAUGAAGCUAUAAAUGAAGAAUACGAGUACAUACAGUUUAACAAACAACUCCGUCUCAUUCGUUCAGUCAAAGACGAUAUGUACCAAAUGCAAAGUAUUUUGACAGCAUGUUUUGCUCCAGAUACUAAGAAACCACAAGACUGGUUUAGGAACCAAAGCACUAUUGAACUAUUAAAUGAAGCUGAAAAUUCGACUACGGAUUUUUUCGUAGUCGCAAAAACUCGAGUAAGUAAAAAACCCCAGUCGCCAAAACUCUAUGAAAACAGUGAAGAACAGCGAGUAAGUAAAAAACCCCAGUCGCCAAAACUCUAUGAAAAUCGUGAAAAAUUGCCAAACGGUUUGAGAGGAUAUUAUGUACAUAGACUUCUUGUAAAUGCUGUUGCAAUGUGGGCUUCGCCUCGUUAUGCUUG